GUCUCAGAUGAUUCCCAUCCGGUCCUCCAACCCAUCCCUCCCAAGUACUAGAGGCUAGAGGCAGUUCCCACCCACCAAACCCAACUCCACCACCUCCCCUUCUCCUUCCUUGUUGAGACCCCAAAAGGCAAGGCCCCCCCAGCAAAGCCUCAGCUCAGCAGCAAACCCCCAGGAAGGGGAGCGGCACGAGCUGCGCUGCUGCCAUCCCGCAGCUACUCCGAACAGCAACGUCUUAGCCGACGGCAGCCGUCGCCACCUACCCACCAACUCCGCCCGUCGCCUCCCCGUUCGGCUUUUCGUCGAGCAGUUGGUGGGCACCUAACCGGGCUGCUAAGGCGGGCGGGGGGCGAGCGGAGCCAGCGAGCUUGAGUGAGUGAGAUGAAGAAGCUGUACCAGGGGAAGGGGCGGCGGGUCCACCCGGCACCGGCGGACGCGGCGGCGGCGGCCGUGGCGCUGCCGGCCGCCGUGCUGGCCCUGGCGUCCGCGCUGACCGCGGAGGAGCAGGAGGUGCUGGCCUACCUGCUGUCCUGCGGCGGCGCGGCGGGGGGCCGCCCGCGCCGCCGCCGGGGGCCCCACCCGCCCGAGAUGGGCUGCGGCUGCUUCGGCUGCUACAAGAGCUUCUGGGCGCGCUGGGACGCGUCCCCCAACCGCCACCUCAUCCACCACAUCAUCGACGCCGUCGAGGAGGGCGGCGGCGGCGGGAGCGGGGGCCCUCCACGCCGCGGCCCUUCACGCCGCCGCCGCCGUGGACGUCGCGGCAGCGACGAGGCCGACUACGAGGACGCCGCGGACGCCGGGGAGGUGGAUGCCAACGCGGACCACCACCACCACCCGGGCUUCGACGGCGGGAGGGACCGCCAAGGCGAGUACGAGGGCGACGGCGACGAGGAGGAGGAAGAAGUGGCCAGCAGCAUGGACGGCGAAGAGGAUGCCGCGUCGGUGGCCAGCGAGGGCGACUGCAACGGCGGCGACGGCUGCGGCGGCAGCGCCGAGAAGAGCACGGUGGGGAGGCUGGUGCGCUUCAUCGGGGAGAAGGUCUGGGGCGCGUGGAACUAAUCCGGCUGCCCGCUCGCCUGUUCUUGUAGAUUAGGGGAAGGAAGGAGACCGCCAAGGAGGGUCUCGUCAAGGUCAGUACCAGUAGCAGCUGUUUUGAUCAAGAGCACCUCUGCUCUACGCCCUUUUCCUCUUCUUUCGUUUGUUCAAUUUCUUGCACUCUGGUGAGCAUGUGAGGAUCGGACUGGGGGCAAACUCAGCACUAUCUCAUCCAAUUUCAGCUCCCCACCUUCUUCCUCCUCUGUACCAUAUUUUUGCUCCUUAGGUUCAACAAUGAACUUCUUGCAAGAGAACAAGUUCCCUUUCCAUUUCUGCAUGGUGUCAACUGUUUGGGUACUGACUUUUA